AUGGCCGGCGCUGUUGCUUUCAAGCCCAUCACGGGCAUGCUGCGACGAAACCUCGUCCUCGACCUCGGCAUCGGCCUCGGUCUCGGCUUCGCCAUGGCCAACGCCUACUGGUACGGCUACCACAUGCCUCGCACCCACGCUCGCGACAACUACUACUCCAAGCUCGAGCAGCAGAAGGCCGAGAAGCGCGGUGCCCAGGCAUAG